UUUCACGCAUGCGUACUAAAAGGAAUAGUGAGUAACAGCUCUGAGACAGGACGUUUAAAAACAAGCUAAUUUAUUGUUAUUAUUUUUAAAAAGGGCUACCUUGGAGUCUUUUGACAGCGCUGAUAUUUCGGCUGCGAUUUUAAAACAAUGGUGCAGUCCUGCUCGGCGUACGGAUGUAAAAACAGAUAUCAUAAAGAUAAGGACAUUUCGUUUCACAAAUUCCCUCUGGCGAGACCCGAUCUCUGCGGGAAAUGGGUUUCGGCAAUGAAGAGGCGCAAUUUCAAACCGACGAAAUACAGCAACAUCUGUUCGCAGCACUUUACCAAAGACUGCUUCAAACGGGAAUGCAACAACCGGGUGCUGAAGGAAAACGCCGUGCCUUCACUGUUCAGUUUCAAUAAGUUACAAAUGAAGGCUGAAUCGCUCGAGGAAACCAUCACUCCAGAGCUGAGCUUCUCCCUGCCUUCACCCAGCACACACACCCCGGAACCAGACGUCCUGCAAACCCCAGAGCCCCGCCCCUCCUCUCCAGCCUCCGCCGCCGUAUCGUCUCCAUCUCCAUGCGCCCCUCUGAAAGAGGAAGACCCUCUGAGAGCGAGCGCCUUCGUUUCGUGCGACCACAAUUACACGGUGGAGGACAUCGUGCAGCAGAAGAAGCGGGUGGAGCAGCUUGUGGAGCAGCUAAACAAACUGCGCAGGAAGCUGAAGACGCUGCGGCAGAAGUGCAGGAGGCAGGAAAGGCAGCUGGAGCGCUUCCGAGCCAUGGAGGAGAUCUCCAAAAGCGGGAACGAGCUGGAGCUCGGGCAGAGCUACGUCCUCCUGCCCAGAGAACUUCUCACCACACUUAAAGGCAUUCACACUGUCGAGGGGUUGUGAGACUCGCAGGACGGUGCAAAGACUCAGAUGGGCGAGGCUCGGAAGAUUUGUGUUCAGAACGAGGGAUAAUCGAGUACGUGUUAACAAUCUAGUUAGCAUUUUACCCUAAUGGCCAGAUGGGUUUUUUUUUUAAAUGAUUUAUGGUAUUAACAUGAUUUUUGUUUGAAUUUGUUUAAUAUCUGUCUUUAUGCUGUUAUUGUUCUUGAAUAACACGAGCAGUGAUUUUUAUUUGCCAUAGGAGACUGGAACGGAUACCACGGAAGCUCCGCCCCCUUCCCCUGAUCUCACAGCAGUAACGUUUGUUUGUAACUCGAUUUUCCUGUUUGAUAAACGCAGCGUUUUUGUUUUCUGUGCCCCUAAAUAAAGAAUGUUUGUUUGUUUUUUGAGGUCAUUAAUGUGAAUUAAAAUCGACCAGGAUACAGCUACGCAAAAAAAAAAAUUAAAGAGACCACCUUUAAAGGUGAGCAUCAUUCAUUUUUUCCAUCGCUGUAUGUUACGUUCGACUCGGAUACAGUUAGACAGCUAAGAUCAGACCAGUAUGUGUUUAAUGUCACCAAAUAUUUUUGGGCACAGAGCGUCAGAAAGAGCACUUUCACAAAGAGGAAAGAAGGCAUGAAAAUUUGAAUGACAGAAAAAAUAUUGAUUUAAAGUGGCGUGGCGGAUUUAGCACUUUAUAAAUUUGUCGAAAUAUGAAACGGUCGACGUUAAGGUUUUAAUAGCGAGAAAAUCAGCUAGUGGAUAACUUGCACUUUAUCUUCUUCAAAUUAGAUCUGGACAAAGAGUGUGUGAUCAUAUUUUUUUUUCUUUUCUUCUUUGUAUGUUUUUCUGUUAAUUUUGCUUUAUUUCCUAGAGGCUGCAAAUGUGUUGUACAAAAAAUGCACUAGUACUUGUGACCCCCGCCCUUUUUUUUUUUUUUUCUUUCUACAAGACGCUAUCUAACCCUAAAAGAAAUUUGCAGAGUUUUUACUGUUAACUUUAAAUAAUCUGUUCCUUUACGUCUCCUAGGACUCGACUCCAAAAUGACUCCACCUGCCUGCUUUGCUUCGUGUUGUUUCAUAAAUACUAUGCUGCUCUCUUUGUUCUAUAAUAUUGCUUGCGCAAAUUAGACAGGUCAUAGUGCUGGAUUGUUUGUUUCCACAAAACAUUCAUCAGUUUCUUUUCAUUUAACACUGACAUACAGUACAAUAUGGACCUCAUCUACUAACCUGUGUUAAAUCUGCAUAUACCUGAUUUGGAUUAAAUAAUUGAGCGGAUAAAACUCCUUAAA